UACACCAAUUCAGGAGGCUAUCAAGUCGUGGGCCAGUGCCACGUGCCUGCCCUUCACCGGAUUGCAAGACUAUGUUGGGGAAGCAACUAUGACCAACCAUGCCCUCGACGGUGGCCUGGGCCCUGGCGAACAUGACGGUGGCCCGUCCCCUUCCCAUCCGUGCUGAUACAAUUCUUUUCCAGGAGCGUGCAGACUGCCGGUCGGUGCAGGUCCAGUACGGAUCACUUGUCUUUUUGUUUCGAAACGCUGUAAUGGAAUCAGCUGGCUGGGUCGUCUUGCUCGUAACGGAGUCUCUCUUAGAGCAUGCUCGAUUGGUGUGGGCCCAUGGCGCGUACCCAGCAUUAGUGAAACGCCCAACAUGCUACCAUGACUCGUACCUACACGACGGAAACUACACGCUGCUCUGCCAGUGAGGAAGCGUCCCGAGAGAGGACCAAUAUCCUUCACACCGUCCCUGGGGCAAGUCCUGGCAGUUCCUGCAUUGCAGUCUCUUGACGCGUGCACACCGGUUCGCCAUCUCCCUCACGUAG